ACUUUCUCUCUCUUCAAACCUCUUUUGUUUUUCUCUCUCUAAAAAGUAAAAACACCGAAAUGCAUUUUAUAUGGGACUGUCACACACCAAGGACGGAGAGGCUUACGCCUUUACUUACAUAUUUAUGUAUAUAUGUAUCUCUCUUCCAUUGCCUUUCUAUUUUUCUUUGAAUAAUUUGAUAUCCUUUGCAGAAGUACUACUACUGCUAGCUAAAGUUGGUGCGUGGAGACUGGGAAAAAAGAAAGAGACUCUGUGAUAAACCCAAGGAAGAAAAAACAGAAAGGAGAGAGGAAGGAUUAGAAUUUGGCCCCGAAAACAAUUGGUCUUUUUUGUGGAAAAGAAAAAGUAUGUUCGUCUUCGACCUCUGAGAUUCAAUAGCUAGCUAGCCAUGGCUACCACCAAGCUCUCUCUGCUCUACUUGUUCUUCCUCUGUUCUGUCACUUGUUCGCUCUCGUACGAGGCUCGUAACCCCGAAGUUGAGGCGUUGACGAGUAUAAAAAAUGCGUUGAAUGAUCCACGCGGGGUUUUGAACAACUGGGACGAGGACUCUGUGGAUCCUUGCAGCUGGGCUAUGAUUACUUGUUCAUCUGAAAAUCUCGUUGUAGGCUUGGGAGCUCCUAGUCAGUCUCUCUCGGGAACUUUGGCAGCGGCAAUUGGAAAUCUUACAAACCUUCGCCAAGUGUUGUUGCAGAACAAUAACAUCUCUGGCGAAAUUCCUCCUGAGCUCGGUUCUCUUUCUAGAUUGCAGACUUUGGAUCUCUCUAACAAUCGAUUCUCUCGUGCAAUUCCCUCGGCCCUUGGUCAGCUUAAUAGUCUUCAAUACCUGAGGCUAAACAACAAUAGCCUUUCUGGGCCCUUCCCUGUGUCUUUAGCCAAACUCCCACAGCUUGCUUUCUUGGAUCUGUCUUAUAACAAUCUCAGUGGACCUGUGCCUAAGUUCCCAGCUAGAACAUUCAAUUUUCUGGGGAACCCGUUGGUUUGUGGAAGUGGUGACUCAGCUGCAGCCUGCAUUGGAUCAGCUAAUGCAAUUCCGGCUUCCUUCUCUUCAAGCUCUUCAGCCGAAGAACGCAAGUCCAAGAAACUGGCAAUUACACUUGGGAUCAGCUUCAGUAGUGUAUUUGUCAUACUCCUAGCAAUUGGAAUCUUUUGGCGUAGAGAGAAACGGAAAAGGCUAACUAUCUUAAACAUUAGCGAUAAACAAGAAGAAGGACUAUUAAGCCUUGGUAACCUUAGGAGCUUCACUUUCAGGGAGCUGCAACUUGCCACAGACAAUUUCAGCUCCAAAAACAUACUUGGUGCUGGAGGUUUUGGCAAUGUGUACAAGGGGAAGCUUGGAGAUGGGACUACGGUGGCAGUGAAGCGGUUGAAGGAUGUGACUGGAACCUUUGGGGAAUCACAAUUUCGGACUGAAUUGGAGAUGAUCAGCUUGGCAGUUCACAGGAACUUGCUCAGGUUAAUUGGGUAUUGUGCUACCUCUAUUGAGCGACUGCUUGUCUAUCCUUACAUGUCGAAUGGCAGUGUAGCCUCUAGGCUUAAAGCAAAACCAGCAUUAGACUGGAACACAAGGAAGAGGAUAGCAAUUGGAGCUGCAAGAGGUCUGUUGUAUCUACACGAGCAGUGUGAUCCAAAAAUAAUCCAUCGUGAUGUGAAGGCUGCUAAUGUGCUCUUGGACGAGUACUUUGAGGCUGUUGUCGGUGAUUUUGGCCUUGCUAAGCUUCUUGACCAUUCUGAUUCCCAUGUCACAACUGCUGUCCGUGGAACUGUUGGACACAUUGCACCAGAGUAUCUUUCAACUGGCCAGUCAUCAGAGAAAACUGAUGUGUUUGGAUUUGGCAUUCUCUUGAUUGAGCUCAUAACUGGUAUGAGAGCACUUGAGUUUGGCAAAACAGUCAAUCAGAAGGGAGCCAUGCUUGAAUGGGUGAAGAAAAUGCAGCACGAAAAGAAAGUAGAGGAGUUGGUAGACAGAGAACUAGAGAGCAACUAUGAUCGAAUUGAGGUGGGGGAGAUGCUACAAGUGGCAUUACUUUGCACACAGUGUCUUCCAGCCCACCGUCCCAAAAUGUCCGAAGUGGUCCGGAUGCUGGAAGGUGAUGGCCUUGCCGAGAAAUGGGCUGCAUCCCAUAACCAUACCAAUCCCACCAUGAACCUCUUCCACACUAACAAAAGUUCGUCGCGCUCAGUUACUUCAUCAAAGCACGAAGAUAACAAUAGUCAUGAUAGUUCGAACAUGUUUGGCAUGACAAUUGACGAUGAUGACGAUGACAGGUCUCUCGAUUCCUAUGCCAUGGAACUCUCCGGACCCAGAUAAAUAACCAACCCCGAAACUCUCCGCACAUAUUUUCUCCGCCAGACAAACGAGAAAAACUACGAAAAUGGUAAAAGAAAAGGUGAAACAAGAUAGAGGAAAGAAUUCUUUUUCUGUUAUUCUUUACAUAGUCCCCAAAAAUAGGUUUAGUUUCUAUAUUAUGUUUUAUAAGAAUCUUGGAUCAAAAAAGCUUCUAGCUUUCAAGGCUUGUAUCGUAUAUAUUCAUUUUAUUUUCGAAGUACGACCUCUGUUUCUGCAAAUUGUACCAUACAGAUUUUCUGCAUAGGGUGGGAAAAAAAAAAAAAAGAUGAGAGUAUCAGAUGCUCUGGACAAGUAGCAGAA